CAGUGAGCGUCAACACGUAUUACCACAUUGCAAGAAGACAUUGCAUACUCGUUAUCUGGCGUCUUUGGCGUCCGCCUACGUGUUGAUUAUGGCGAGAAUAAGCAGAAUGCACUCGAGCGGCUCCUGCAGGAAAUUCAUAGCUCAGUCGGGCGACAUUACUGCUCUGGACUGGGUCGGAAGGUCAUCGGAGUUCAACAGCUGUCUACCAGCCGAUAUCACUUCAUACGAAGCUCCACCAUGCAAACUCCCAUCUUUAUCCGAAGAUGAGAUUCAGUCAUCUGUCUCCUCGCUGCGAGGUGUUGUGACUCUAGAGUUGGCUUCGAAAUUGUAUCAGACACUCGACCGCCUGAGCGCUCCCCGUUUCGCGCACCACCGGUUGCAUCUCCCUUGCAUUGUAUUCCCAGUCACAGAAACCAGGCGGAGGCCAAGUCGAGACCAGGACGCAUAUAUGUAUGAACUCAAGUCAGAUGGACUUCAUGACCUGCAGAUCACCACAGAAGACAAGUUAAUCCCAUUCUCGCCUGCAGGGCCACCGCCCGUCUGGCAGACGAUCUUGCUUGUCCGUCCAUGGAGUCGCGAUCUCCUUGAGUUGCAUGACCCUGCAGAUGAUAUGCAGAGCGUGGAAGAUUGGUCUAUGCCCGGAUCUCUAUUGCACGAUUCACCCGCUGCACAAAACGAGCCGGAUUCUUAGUCGCGAGCAUUGCGUUUGAUUGUUCGCCUUGGACAGCCUUUUAGUGCAUUUUUGCUAGCGCGGCGGCGUGACGGAGAAUUC